GGCCCCACCCGUUUGACUCCGCUCUCUCAAGCCACAACUUGAGGGUAACUUUAUGCAGAUGAAUCGAUGUUGAGAAAUAUUAAAGCGAGAAUGCGCGGGGAACGGGGCUGCGCGUUAUAACAACUGUAACACACUACCUGGCCUGUUGCUGGUGAAACUUAAAAGUUUUUUUUUGUCUUUUGGUGAUGCGACUGGGAAAAGGACAAUGAGCGAAAACGAUAUUCUCGAGAUGGACUCCGUGUGUGACACAGAUGAGUUUGAGGGUGAUACUGAACUUGGCAUGAUAGACGAGGAAGUUGUUUAUCCCGAGGAGUUUCUACCAACGUAUCAUUCUAUUAAAGAAGGAACAAGAGUAACCAAAACACAACUGGAAGAGUUCAACGACAAACCGGACUCCCUGUUCUUCAACGACGGCGUGAGGCGGAUCGAUUUCAUCCUGGUAUAUGAAGAUGAGGACAAGAAGGAUUUUGAGAAGAGGCACACCUUCCAGCGACGCAAGAGACGGCGAGAGUACUUUGAGGCCAGCUUGAUGAAGAUGGGAAUAGAGCUGGAGGCCACGCGAUCUGUAGUUGAUGAGAAACUGAUGUUCGUUAAGGUCCACAUGCCGUGGGAGGUGCUGUGCACCUACGCUGAGGUCCUGCACAUCAAGCUCCCCAUCCAGCCCAACGACCUGUCCUCCCGCCCCUCCCCAUGGCGCUUCUUCUCCUGCAUCACCAAGCACUUCUACCCCAACGAGGAGCUGAUCACCAAGGAGAGCGAGUUCUUCACCGCCCCCUUCGAGAAAGACCGUCUGGAGUACUUCUACAUAAAGGACAAGGACCUCUUCUUCACUCCGUCCAUGAGGAGCAGGAUGGCAUAUUACAUCCUGAGUCGUGCCCCCUAUGAAAUAAGAGGGCAUAUAAAGAAGUUUGGCAUCACCAAACUGCUGGAUGGUGGAGUGUACAAAGCUGCCUAUCCCCUCCAUGACUGCAGGUUCAAUGUCAGGUCCACAGAGGAGGACUGCCCCAACGAGAGGUUUGUGCUCUAUGAAGAAUGGGCUCAUCCCAAAAGCUUUUACAAGAUGCAACCACUCGACCUAAUCAGGAAGUAUUAUGGGGAGAAGAUCGGCAUUUACUUUGCCUGGCUGGGUUUCUACACAAAAAUGCUCGCUCUGGCUGCUGUUGUGGGACUCGGGUGCUUCAUUUAUGGAUACAAGACUCAAGAAACCAGCACCUGGAGCAAAGAGGUGUGCGACCCUGAGAUCGGAGGAAAGAUAGUGAUGUGUCCACAGUGUGACCGGUUCUGCAAAUACUGGAGGUUAAACAGCACCUGUGAGGCUUCAAAAAAACUUUGCAUAUUUGAUAACUUUGGAACCCUGGUGUUUGCAGUUUUCAUGUCGAUCUGGGUAACUUUGUUCCUGGAGUUUUGGAAACGUUACCAGGCGGAGCUGGAGUACGAGUGGGACACUGUGGAGUUCCUGGAGCAGGAAGAGCCGCCUCGCCCAGAGUAUGAGGCCAAGUGCAUCUAUGAGAGGAAAAAUCCUAUCACAGGGGUGAAAGAGUACGUACCUUUUACAACCUGUGGACGAUGUGUUCGGGUGUCAAUAGGAAUCGGGACAGUCUUAUUCUGGAUUCUGUUGAUCCUGGCGUCCAUUGUGGCCAUCACUGUCUACCGCCUGGCCGUCUUCUUCGUCUUCUCAACUAAACUUAGAACUCAGGAAAUAAAAGAGUUGGAGCCUUUCAAAGAGUAUGUGACGCCUCAGAUGGCCACCUCUGUCACCGCCUCCCUGAUCAGCUUUGUUGUGAUUAUGAUCCUCAAUAUUCUGUACGAGCGCGUCGCCAUCUGGAUCACUGACUUCGAGCUCCCACGGACCAAGUCAGAGUACGAGAACAGCUUAACCCUGAAGAUGUUCCUCUUCCAGUUUGUCAACUAUUACUCCUCCUGUUUCUACAUCGCCUUCGCUAAAGGGAAAGCAGUUGGCUAUCCUAAAGAGCCCGUUUAUCUUUUGGGAAAAUACAGAAACGAAGAGUGUGAUCCCGGUGGUUGUCUGAUUGAGCUGACGACUCAGCUCUCUAUCAUCAUGGGUGGAAAAGCCAUCUGGAACAACAUCCAAGAGGUCUUGAUACCCUGGGUGAAGAAUUUGAUUUUCCGCUACUGCACCCGUGUGCCCUCCCAGAAGGUGAUUCCUCGCUGGGAGCAGGACUACCAGCUCCAGCCCCUUCCAAAACUAGGACUGUUCUAUGAAUAUCUUGAAAUGGUCAUCCAGUUUGGCUUUGUGACCCUCUUUGUGGCCUCCUUCCCUCUGGCUCCGGUCCUGGCUCUGGUCAACAAUCUGUUUGAGAUUCGGGUCGACGCCUGGAAAAUCACCACUCAGUUUCGCCGCGUCGUGCCAGAGAAGGCCCAGGAUAUAGGAGCCUGGCAGCCCAUUCUUCAGGGCAUCGCCAUCUUGGCUGUUGCAACAAAUGCCAUGAUCAUUGCUUUUACAUCAGACAUGAUCCCACGCUUGGUCUACUACUGGUCUUUCUCUGUGUACCCAUACGGAAAUCACCCCAACAACACCAUGGAGGGCUACAUCAACAGCUCGCUGUCCAUAUUCAACACCAGCGAUUUCUCUGACUUCAGCAAGCCUGAGCAGUCAAAUAGCUCCUUAAUCAUCAGCACCUGCAGGUAUCGAGAUUUUCGAUUUCCUCCGGGACAUCCCAGACAGUAUGAGUACAAUGGCUACUACUGGCAUGUCAUCGCAGCGAAAGUGGCUUUUAUAAUUGUUGUAGAGCACAUAGUUUACUUUCUCAAGUUCGUCCUGUCCUACGUGAUCCCAGACGUCCCGUACUCUGUCAAAGAACAGAUCAAACGAGAGAAAUACCUGACGCAGGUUAUCCUCCAUGAGACCAACCUCAAGCUGGUGACCAAACGUCUGAAACCAACUGACCUCGACGACGCUGUCGAGCACAAAGAGGUGAAAUUGGAAAAGGAGGAGCUGGAGCGUGAUUUCUGACGUGACCGCCCAGCGGCUGCGCACACCUGUUUGAAUGCUGACGAGCUCCUUGUGAACCACUGACAGAAUUAAGACCCAAAAUAAAAUAUGGACUUUAGUUAUGGAGAAUGUGUAGCAACCAGUCAGACAGAAGAUGUCUGAAGCUUCUUAAGAGGCUGUUGGACAAAGAAAGGAGAAACCACUGUCGUCUGCUCUUCGUCUCUGCACACGUCUUCAAGCCAGAAACUAGUGGUGGAACAAACAGCAGCCUCUUGCACUACUAGUGUAGAUAUUAGCUGGGUGUUUUAAUGUGGGUGUUUUGCCACCUGGUGUGGACGCUAGAGCAAAGGGAAGUGGGGAAAUCAGUGCCUUCCACUGUGAAGUUUCACACUAAAUGCAAAACAAUCUCAACUCAGUGUCUACCUACUAGUUUUUUCCAGGGAGGUGAAUCAUACCGACAUGGUCUUCAUCAACUGUGUUUGCUUAACAGGUUUGACGCAGUGUGGUUGAAAGCUCUGGGAAACAUUUGGUGUAUAUUUUUACCAAAAGUGUCUCCAAGUCUUUAUGAUAUAAAAUGAUAUGUUAGCUACAUCAGCCCAUAGCACUGGCACUGUUUCUGUCUCACUCUGUCCACUGAGCUCAAAGCUUUCACACACAGGCAAUCCACUGCUGGGAGUUUAAUCCUGUCCUAAAAUAUCAGUGUUAUUAGAUAUAAAAUAUGUUAAUUUUAUAUGAAUGCAAAAUUUAUAAUGAAGUGUUUCUUCUUUUUUUUACACUUGCCGUCUCUGUUACCAUAACUGAAGAGCUGUGGUGAUCUGUCAGACAGCUCAGUGUUAUUAAAGCUGUUAGACACCUAGACACCAGAUGUUAAAGUUUAGCUAAUAUUUUCAUAUAAAGGAAAUGAUCACAGCCAUGUAAAGUGGUUAAGUUGAGUGUAGUCUGUCUCUUUCUUUAUCCGUGCACUCACAUCUGUUGUUCUUUGUUGCACUUUUUGAAGCUCCAGUCUUGUGCCAUGACCACUACACUGCACAACGUAUUGACCACACGUCAUAUCCUGUGAUACAGGCCAUACAGUAAUUUAAUUAUCUCCUGUGUCAUCACCGAUAUCCUGGAUCGAUACCUCUGCUGUAUUAUUGCCUCGCCUAAACAAAGGUACUAUAACCACCAUGUAUGUAAACAGUAUCACACAGUACACCAGCCAUAUCUGACAAUGCUUCUUUUUUUGUUUGUUUUGUACAGUGCCAUUAAAUAGUUUUAUAAAUAUG